AUGCCCUGGGCACUGAUCUGGGUGCGCCGUACACAGAGGACUCGAACUCGGCGACGGAUGGCUUGCAGUUCCUGUGCUCGAAGUACUCUGCUCUCAUCACCCGGCUUCGAGAGGAGGUCCUCGCACAUCAACAGGCCCAAGCCGAGUGCCGACGCUUGGAGCGGCGACUUCGUGUUUCUUCCUGGUGCCCUUGAUGCCUUGCCCGGUGGAUCCUCUUCAGACGCCCUGGUGGUGGUUCGACCGGGAUCGGCACUCCAAGGCGAGGAGUCGCAAUCCUGGGCGCAGGAGAAGGAGCAGUUGAUGCUGGACCUUCAGCGCCUCCGUGUAGAGGUUGACAGCCUCAAUCGGCUGGCAGAGAGGCCAGGAAUGGCAUGUGCACUCACCCCUGUCAUGCCGAGUCGGGCCGGAGGUUCUCAAAUCCGCAUGAAAGGCAGGGCACACAUGGAAGGCUGA